AUGGCACUUUCUUUCCAUGUUCGUUCUAACAGCUUCCCUUCAAGACAACACCCUCAAGCCACUCAUGUCGAUGAGCAAUUGAGCCGAUUGAGAUCUUCAAAAGAAACAACAACAGCUUCAAGCUCUUCUAUCUGCCAAAGACUUAGCAACCUUCAAGAUUUACAUGAUUCUCUUGACAAGAUGCUUCGUUUGUCCAUCACUCAACAAACUUUAUCUCAAGAACAAAUUGAGAUGAUUCUUGAUGGAUCUAUCAAGAUCUUGGAUUUAUGCAACGUUUCCAAAGACGGUUUAUCACAAAUGAAAGAGAGUCUCAAGGAGAUCGAAUCGAUUUUAAGAAGAAAGCGUGGAGAUCUAUCAGCUGAGAUCAAGAAAUACUUAGCUUCUAGAAAGUCUCUCAAGAAAUCAUUCCAGAAAGUACUCAAGAAUUUGAAAACCGGCCACAACAAAAACAAAGAGUCUUUGGCUGUAUUUGGAGAAGCAGAAGCUGUAACAGUUUCUUUGUUUGAAUGUAUGUUUACCUUCAUGUCUGGAACAAAAUCUUGUGGCAAAUGGUCACUGGUCUCAAAGAUAAUGAGCCAGAACAAAGCUGCAUGUGAAGAUGCAGAAAAUGAAUUCACAAGAGUGGACUUGGAGUGCCAAUCAGAGAAGUCCUUGAAGAUUGAAGAUGUGCAGAACUUAAAUUCGUGCAUUGAAGAUCUUGAAGAUGGGAUAGAGUUACUCUCUAAAUCUUUGAUCAAAUAUAGAGUCUCGAUUCUUAACAUCUAAUAGGUUAUAGUGCCCAAAAUAUUUUUGUACAAAUAGGAUAUG